AUGCCUGUCUCGACCAAGCGCUCGGCGCGCGCCCGCAAGGAAGUCAACAAAGAUGUCGAGGUUCCCGACUCUUCUCCCUCCCGCCCCGCAAAGCGAAGAAAGAAGGACAAGGUCGAAGAAACAGUCGAGGAGCCUGGUCCAGACCCCAAGCAGGAGGAACUCGAGCCACUUCCCACCAACCGCGCCGAUAUUCCGAUGGAUGAUGACAAGUUAAUUGAGACCGUCAUCCCCUUCCUCGCCAUGCCUCCUCGCUUCGUUCAGGUUGCGAAGGAUCACUCGAAUGACAAGUUCAAAGAAGCCCCGAAUCAAUCAGUUACGGCUUAUGCUAAGCUCGCCGGUAAGGACUGGUCGUUUUAUGUGACUGUGGUGAAGGUUGCUAUUGGCCGACCACCAGAGGGAGAUCCUGCAGCACCAUCCGGCGAGGGCUCUGGUCAAUCAGCCUCAGCUCCUCCUAAGGAGAAUACAAUACAUAUCGAUCUUGGACCAAACAAGGUUGUCUCCCGUUCCCAUUCCGAGAUAUACUACGACAGCGAGACAGAGAGUUGGAUUCUGCUUGUUCAAGGACGCAACGGUGUCAAGAUUGAUAAUGCAAAUCUUCGCAGAGGAGAUCGACAUAUCUUGAUCAAUGGAGAAGUCAUUGAAAUUGGUGGCGUUGAGAUGAUGUGGGUAAUGCCUACACCUAAUGGAACACUACAAGUCCACGAUAGGUACCUACAGAGAGCUGGAUUAAUCCAGGUCGUGGACGACGACAAGACGCAAGAUGGAUCCAAUGGUUCAUCCACAUCCGGACACCUCCAGAUGCCCUCGAACGGCCAGAUGCCAAUUGCCCCCGCUCCUCCAAAUUACCGACGCCCAGGAACUCCAGUCAGUGCCAGAAGUAAGGCUCCUUACUCAUUAGGGAAGUCUCCCGGAUAUCCUGGCGGGACUAUGCUCAUGAACUCCGAAGAUAUUGACUACAGUCUUGAUGCCAAUGGCCACUUGAAACCUUCGUACAGUUAUGCCCAACUGAUCAGCCAAGCUAUUCUACAAGCCGAAGGUGAAAAGCUCACGCUCGCUGGGAUCUACAACUACAUCACGGACAAGUACGCUUAUUAUCGCCAGCAGCUUCCUAGUGGAUGGCAGAACUCCAUCCGCCAUAAUCUAUCUCUGAAUAAGGCCUUCGCCAAGGUAGCUCGCGAGACCGAUGAGCCUGGCAAGGGUAUGAAGUGGCAUAUCGUACCUGAGAUGCGCGAUGAUAUGGCCAGAAGUUGUUUCCGAGGCGGUCGAGGAGGCCACCGAGGCUCACCUGGCACUGGUUCACCAGCUGCUUUCGUAGCUCGAAUUCCCAAGGACUCAACUCAAAAGCUGAAGCCAUCUCCUGCCUCGCCUGGUUUGAGUUCAUUCAAGUCAAAUGAUCCCCAGCAGACGCCCGACCGAGGAGGACAAUUGUCGCGAUCGAUGGAAGAUGUUCCUGGCGAUGGAAGUCCACUUCCACGCCACAAGAGACAGCAGGGGAAUUCGUUUGGUCUUUCUGAUGAUACUCCGGGAUCUCCACCUACUCUUCCGUCUUCUAUGGUGCAUGAAGAAAGCUCGUUCGUAACCCCCGCUCCUCAUCGUGUUCAUCCCCGUCUUGCUCCUCCAAGCACAGCUCAACGACCGAGUCAGCAUAUGCCAACCAGUUCUCCAGCUCCCUUUUGGAAAUACGCGGACAUCGGUAACACGCCAAUGAAGGGACCGUCGUUUGACUUGAGUCCUGUCAAGGGCUCAGCUGGCGGUCCUGCUCUCCCUCCAAGCAGCAGUCCUGCCCCAGUCCGUCGAUCGUCUGCCGCCAGUCCUACUCGAAAUACUUUACCUACACAGCAGGAAGAGCCAGAGGAAAUCGAGGAGGAGAAUCAAGGUUUUGAUCUUACCAGAGGCUUCCAAAGUAUUGGUUCCUACCAUGCUCCUGCUGCUACUGGUGUGACUGUUGCUGGAGCCGGUCAACAAUGA